AUGAACGAUGCAAUAGUAAUUGGUGAAAUGAUCCGCGUAGCACGUGAAAUGGUGCAGAAGGCUUCGGAUGAGGAGAAGAACUCACAGUAUUUCAAGGAUAGCUUGGUUGCAGCUUCAAAAAUUAUUGGUGUAACGAUUGAGGUGGGUGGGAAGUUGCGUGACAAAUUGCCUGAGGGAUUACAACCUGAAACUGACCCGUUUUGGUAUAUGGACGAAGUUCACGCUGCUGUUGAUGCAGCUUCAGUUGAAACUUUGGCAAAUAAAACACGUGACAUGCCUGAGAAUGUUGAUAUUCCAAGUUUCUCCCUGAACGUAACACAGGAAUUCGAAAAUGCUCCUUCCAAUGAUGAUGUUAUCGGUGGACACGUUGCUGAAGACAAUGAAGAAAAUGGUGAAGGCCUUGCUAACGGUGCUGGAACAACUGAAGUGAAUGAGGAUUCUAUACAACAAAAUGAAGGAGCAAAUCAAAAGGAGUCGGAAACUGAGAUCCAGAAUGACAGAGUAGUGGGCAGAACUACCACUACGGCUGAGGCUGAAGAAAGGAUUGAUGUAAAUGAUCAAGGAGACUUGGACAAUUACAUGGCCGUGGUUGAGGAGUUGAAACAUGCUGGAGUUCAGGAGGGUAAAUCAACAAAGGAUGAUGAGCUUGAUAUUGGUGCGGGAAAAGAAAAUGCAAAGGUCCAAGGCAACAAUGUUAGUGACGUUGUCGUUGGCAAUAUAGAAGUUAGGCGAUCCAACAGGGUGAAGGGGAACUUGGUGCGCGAUGCAGGGAAGGGAUUGUUGAAUGCUACAAGGACAAAAACAGGGGUUGAUCAAGGGUGUUCGAAAACAGGAUGUAUGGUGGAUCGCGUAGCAUUACAAGCCAUUGACACAAACAUUGUUAGUUCAGAAAAAACUGAUACUAAGACACCCAAGAAGAGUAUGUUCUUGCAUACUAUCAAAUUUCGCUCACCCUACAUGCAACGAGAUAUAUGCACUUCAAAACCACUGCAGAAAAUUGAGAAGGAGUUGGGAUUUUAUGCCAUGUACUUUGAAAGUGGAGAGAAGAAUGAAAUUUUAUUUUCAUUCUUUGAUAUACACGUAAGGCGUUUUGAAAUGUUGUCGAUGAGAAGAGGCAAUGUGGUGAACAUUUGUAUUGUAGAUGCAUGGACACUAAUUCUGAACUGGAAAGAGCAAUAUCGUUCAGAUAAUUCACCCCCACGCUUUUUCACUACGGCCAGCAUAUAUGUUGACAGUAUAGCUCCAAAUGAUUCAAGUCAAGAAUCGCAAAGAGCUUCAUUCUUCAUGUCAUUAUAUGUUGAGUUGAACGAGUUUGGCAAAAAUCCAGUUGGGAAAAUUGAUAUGUUCUUCUUUCCAAUUGUUGAACAAGAUCAGUACUUUGCUUUGUGUGUGGAUUUAAAAAGGGAACGAAUCUUCGUGCUGGACUGUCUCGUAGAUAUAUCAGAGGAUAAUGAUAUGGGAAAGUAUGAGAACAUUUGCAACAAAGUUCGUACACUGUUGGCGUAUUAUCUCAACUACAAAGAGGAGACAAUCAAGGCAAAAUCCGUGGCUAAUUCGAAAAUACAUAUUGUCAAGCUGAAGUGGGCGGACAAUCGAAAUACAUUGGACACAGCUAUUUAUCUUAUGCGACAUUUGGAGACAUUCAUGGGAGAUAUUUCAUCAAAUUGGAAAUGUGACAUGUACAACGCAAGUGCACGCCAAUUAUCUCGAAUGCGCGUGAGGUAUUGCUCGUCCAUAAUAUCAUGGAAUGAGAACGAUAAGAAAAAAGAGAUUCAAGAGACUGCUGCAAAAGAAUAUCAUGAGAUUUGUUUUGAUUCAUUUGUUAACAUAAAUUCAUUAUUGGUUGGUUGAGGUAGCUUCAUUUUUACAGGAGUUUAACUAUCUAAAUUUUUGGACAUAUUUUCA